AUGGAGACACAGAGGAAGACAGGAUCAGUUUCCUUCAACAACUAUAAAAUAUUUAGAAACGGUGGAGAUGGAUUUAACCAGUGGGUUAUUCUGUGUCUGGGACUCUUGAAUGCAGUUCUGCUGAUAGUCGCUGUUGUUCUUGGGAUUAACUGUGCCAAAGUCAAAGAGGGCUCCUUGCACAUUUCCAACCCAGCUGUAACACAGCUCUUCAAUGAGCUCGACUAUCUCCGAAGCAACCACAGCGAUGUGAUCGAAGCUGAAGAGGAGGCCAAGAAGGCGUUAGAGAGCGCGAUCAACAACCACAAAGAAGUAAAGGUGAAAAUUGAGCAGCUGAAGACCGUCAAUGAUGGUUAUCAGAAACAGAUGCAAGCACUGCAAGUGGAGAAGGCAAACCUGAAGUCCAAUGUAUCAGCUUUAGAGGGAUCUUGUGGCGGAUGCCUCCCUGGUUGGGCUCUUUUCAACUCGUCCUGCUAUUUCUUCUCCUACACCGAGUCCUCUACUGUCAAAAAGAACUGGCAUGAGAGCAGAGAGGACUGUGUUAGUCGUGGCUCUGACCUGGUUGUGAUCGAUAACCAGGAAGAGCAGAAAUUUAUCAGUAGCAACAUCCAAAAUAUGAAAACCAGUGAUCAGUGGUGGCAAAGCGGAUUCUGGAUCGGUAUCACUGACAUAGAGACUGAGAACAGAUGGGUUUGGAUUAAUAAUGUCACAGAGGUCGAGCAACGGUACUGGAUGGAUGGCGAACCCAAUGACCAGGGAACCCACGGAGAGGAUUGCGGGGUUGCAGUUUCCUCCAUCUUUAAUCCCUGGAAGACUCGUUUUGAUGGAAGAUGCAACUGGCAUAACUUACACUGGAUAUGUGAAACGCCAUCAACCUCCUAGGACCUGGCGUCCACAUAUGUGGACAUCACAUUUUGGGUUGUCUAAACCAAAAUACUACAUUUUGCUCUACAAGGGCCUGAUAUCCACUUACGAGGACAUUAUACUGCCACUGUUUUAUCGAAAUUUAAAGGGGAUGUCCUGAUAUGUGGAUCUCAUUUUUCUCAGGAAAA